UAUAAAAUGGGUGCAUGAGCUAGUGGUAUGGAUGAUACGAAAUCGGGAUCAUCCGAUCAGCAAAAAAGAAACAACAAGCUUAAAAAGCCAAAUAAGCUAUUAAAAACCAUGACGAUUGGUAGAAAAGAGAAACCCUCACAGCAAUCAACCACAAGAGCGAUGGUAGCUUCGGCUGAUAGUGGACAAAUAAUGGAAAACAAGAGAGAAUCUAUUGUCAAUAAUCCUGCAGCCUUAAAAAUUCUUAAGAAUAUCUGCCCAGACGAAUCAUUAAACACUUUAAUCAAGCCUAAGAGAAAAACUCGUAGCGAGGAACUCCAUUUUCCUAUAUCUCCUUGCUUCGGAAGUCCUAAAAAGAAAAGAAAAAUUAGGAAUAGAAUUGAGUCUAUUCCGAACGUGGAUCCAAGGCCAGAAGAAAAAGAUGAAACAGAAAGUUCCACUCGAGCUAGUAUCCAGUCAGAGAGGAGGUCUGCGAUAUGAACGUCCAUAAACCUUCUUGACACCUUAUACAACAGUUUCGAAGAAAUUCUCUUGGAUCAGUGAAAAUAAGUGAAAAAUGAGCAUCGAUUUGAAGAUAUGCUUCGAAAUUAUUUGUAUGAACAAGGAAACUUUGCAGCCCAGCCUUGCCAAGGACCCCUACACAGGUGCUAAUUGUUUACAUUAUUGAUGCAUUCUUGGACAUAGAGAGCUAUGACAAAAGUUAUUGAGUAUUGAGCCAAGCCUGGCUGACUCCAAGGAUGAUGAUGGAAACACUCCCUUGCACUAUCUCUGCCUCAACUCAGUCAGCAGCUUCUCUGAGAUGAAAGAUAUCUGGAAAUGCCUCAAAAAGAGCGGAGCUAAUGAGCAUGCCAAGAAUUCUGAGGGAAAAACUUGAAUAAAGCUUAUAAAAGAUAGAAUAAAGCUAUCCAAUCCUUAUGAUGAUUUAGCUAAAUGGAACAAACUUAUAGAACAAUCGUUGGUCCACUCUUAUAAAUAAAAUCGCAUAAUAGCCCUAUAAGAUAUAUGUUGGAGAAAUAGAGAAGUGAUGAAGGGUUUCUAAUCAUUGGUCGAAACUCGUGAUGUAGUAUCGCAACUAAUCCACGAAUGGUUGAUUUCAGAUAUUUAUAUGGUUAAAAAUGUCAUAAGAGGUUUCAAGAAUUGUACUUAUAACUCAACCGAGCUUAAGAGUUUCACGAAAUGAAGAUUAUAGAGAGAGGUCUUUUCGAAGAAUCUUUCGUCUUUAUCCUACCUCGUCGACACUUUGGGACCAUUUCUCUUGAAUCAUAAUCUUGCCAAAAAUCUACCAAUUUUUCUCAAAGACUUUUUCUGAGCCAAAAGCUCGCUUCUCUAUCAAGACUCAUUAUGCUAAUACUUCAUCGCAAACAACAAGUACGAAUAUUAAAUAGUGGUUC